AUGCCUCUAUUAAACCCUUUUGCCAUGACAGUCACCACUGACCCAGCAGCAAAACCCAAACCGACUAUGAGAGUGAAUCCUCAGAGCUCCGUCUACACUGGAGACACCAUCACUCUGAGCUGUGAGCUGCAGCAGUCGACUGGAUGGGAGUUUCUCUGGUACAAAUAUAAUCCUAUGUUACAGAUUCUGAGCAGUGAACAAGCACACACACUUAAUGUGACAGUCGAUAAUGCAGGAGAAACAGUGUACCAGUGUCGUGCACACAGGAGAAACUAUGAUUACUACACAGAGCUCAGUGAUCCUGUCAGGAUUACAGCGAGAGCAAGACCUAAACCAGUGGCAUCCAUAAAUCCUGAUAAACAGGUGUUCAGUGGAGACGCCGUCACUCUGAGAUGUGACAUACAGGAUGAAAGUGUCUCUAGCUGGCAGUACAGCUGGUAUAAAGAUGAUUCACACAGUCCUGUCAGUAGUGAACAGGUGUACAGGAUCAGUGGUGUUGAAGUGACCCACACAGGUAACUACACCUGUAGAGGAGCAGAGAGAGGAGGCUCACGCUCCUCACACUUCAGUGAUGCUGUUACACUGACUGUAUCAGAGAGACCACAGGCAGUACUGAGUGUAUCUCCACAGAGCUGGCUGACUGAAGGAGACUCAGUGACUCUAAGCUGUGAGGUUACAGACUCCUCUACAGACUGGACAUUCAGCUGGUACACAACUGUUCCCUACAGAGACGGCUUAACUCAAAUAAAAAAUAAUCGUGGCUAUAUCAUGUAUGUGGAGCUCCUCUCAGACAGCAGCAGAGGAUCUGGAGGCAACUACACUCUCAGUCCUGCUGCUCUUCAUCACACAGGAGUUUAUAUGUGCAGAGGAGAGAGAGGAGAACCAGCCUUUCACACACAGUACAGCAAUCCACAGCCACUAUGGAUCACUGGUGAAUCUCCUCCAGUAUCUCUGAUCAUCAAUCCCAGCAGAACUCAACACUUUACUAAUGACUCUCUCUCACUGAGCUGUGAGGACCAGAGUAACUCUACUGGAUGGACAUCUCGGGUUCUAGAUCCGGUGGUGGAACAGUAG